GUUUCAGACAGUAUUGAUGGAAGUGUCAUUCCAGUGACGCCUGGGCCUGGAGAACAGACUGUCGAACCGCGAAUCAAUAUUGGCUCCCGGUUCCAGGCGGACAUUCCAGAGCUGCAGGACAGACUGCUGAUGGAGAAGGAUGUGCACAAGGCUACGUUGGUUUGGAAACCGUGGCCAGAACUGGAGAACAAAGUCUUCCAACAAAGAGUGGAAGACCUUUUAAAUAUGAGCUGUUCCAGUGUGUUACCUGGUGGAGGAACUAACUCAGAAUACGCUUUGCACUCUCUCUUUGAAGCAAAAGGAGAUAUUAUGGUUGCUCUUGAGAAGCUGCUGUUGAGAAAGCCAGUGAGGUUGAAGUGUCAUCCUUUGGCAAAUUACCACUACGCUGGCUCUGACAAAUGGACGCAUCAAGAGAGGAGGCUGUUCAAAGAGGCACUGUCCACCUACAGCAAAGACUUCAUAUUUGUACAGAAAAUGGUUAAGUCUAAGACGGUUGCACAGUGUGUGGAAUACUACUAUACCUGGAAGAAAAUCUUGCGUUUGGGACGGAAACACAGAACACGUCUAGAGAAGAAAAGAGAGGAGUGCCUGACAAGUGGAGAAGAAGAAGCGUUAGAGGAAGAUGAGGAGAUGGAAGAAGACAGGAAGGAAGAAAGGGACAUGCAGAAGUCUCCUGACCCACCAGCUAUCCCUCUUGUUGGACCUAUAGAUCUGCCUGCCUUUCAGAGCCUUUCACUUUCUUCAUCCUCCUUCAUCUGCGAAAUGCCGAACUGCGGCGCUGUGUUCAGCUCCCGACAGGCACUCAAUGGCCACGCUCGCAUCCACGGGGGUACGAACCAGGUGACCAAGCCGCGCUGCACCGGCCCGGGCACCAAGCAGAAAUCGGGGACGCAGAGCGGGUACUGCUCCAUCAAGAGCUCACCUGCCCACAGCACCACCAGCGGUGAGACCGACCCAACAACCAUUUUUCCUUGCAAGGAGUGUGGCAGGGUAUUUUUCAAAAUAAAAAGCCGCAAUGCUCAUAUGAAGACUCACAGACAACAAGAAGAACAGCAAAGGCAGAAAGCUCAGAAAGCUGCUGUGGCAGCAGAAAUUGCAGCCACAAUUGCAAGAACUACUAGGCCCGUUGGGCAUAGUUUGAUCCCUCUGGAUCACAUGAGUUUGGUUAAACAUGUUGAAGGUGUCGGUGACAUUGACGACGAUGUUGUUCAGGAGCUGGGUGAUGUCAUGGAAGAGAAUGAAGUUAUGGAUGCUGACCUUUUGCUGGAUGAUGAAGAUGCAGAUCUACUGCAGGAUGAUGCUGAGUUGUAAAUAAAGUUGUUUGAUAAAGAUGGCUACUGAGCACACCUUGAAUGGAUCAGUCAGGAAACCUGGACUGCUAUUCCCCACUGAUUGUAAACUACCUGUUGAAAAUUAUAAUUCCUUUAUCCAGGUCUAGAAGAAAAAGAAUCUGCUUUUUUUCCCUUUUUUUUUAUUAAUUUGUGUUUUGGGGGGAAAAAUAAAUAAUUGGUACAAAUAUU